AUGGAUUGGAGGAAUGAGCUGGGCUUUACGGAGCGAUUGAGGGUUAUCCAGUCUCUCACUACGGUCUACCAGCAAGCUUCCUCGUCAGCAGCCUUUGCAGAGGCUCAAGCAGAAGCGAGGAGAUAUGAGAACGAGGCCUACAAUGAGGCCAACUCCAAGGAUGAAUAUGACCGGAUGUGCCAGCAAGCGAUUGAUGUCGCCUUGGCCACCAAACCCGUAGCGGGGUUCACGAGCAGCUCGGAUGAAGUGCAAGAUGUCUUUCCAGACCCAGAGCCAGGAUGCUCAUCAGAAUUUCCAGUAGGUGAGACCUUUGGUCGGUAUAGAUCUUGUUUCCAUCAUUUCGAUGGGCUUCACUCCACGAUCUAUAAAUCCAAGGCCGAGGACGAUACGGUGCGUGCUGUGAAGAUCACCAUUCCGCAUCUCAUGACAGCACCUCACGAUGUUCAACGGGAGGCACGAUUGUUGCGUGAGGCGGCCAGUCCUCAUGUGAUUUCCUUGGUUGAGACCUUCAACUUGGACGGAGGAAGGUUGGCUUUGGUUUUCCCGUUCCUGCGGUACGAUUUCGCCCAUUUGCUCCAGCGAGAUAUGGUCACUGCCUCUCAGACACGGUCGAUCUUGCGAGACAUGUUCCAAGCCCUGAGCCAUAUUCACACGCUAGGGAUCAUCCAUCGAGACAUCAAGCCCUCCAAUAUUCUGAUGGACUCGCCCGACGGACCGGCCUAUUUGGCAGAUUUUGGGAUCUCAUGGAAAGAUGGGGACCCAGGAUCCGAGCCAAGGGACCAAAAGAUCACCGACGUGGGCACCUCUAGCUACCGCGCUCCUGAGGUUCUCUUCGGAUACAAGGCAUACGGAACCGCUCUUGAUCUCUGGGCCGCCGGUUGUGUGGUGGCAGAAGCCAUUGCCGUGGGGCAUGGCGAGCUGUUUGAUUCAGGACCCGUGGGAAGCGACUUGUCGCUCAUCCAUUCCAUCUUCAAGACUCUCGGAACCCCGGACGAACACACCUGGCCGGACGUCCAUGUGCUGCCGGACUGGGGCAAGGUGGAAUUCUACACCUUCCCGGCACAAUCCUGGGAUAACAUCCUCCCAGCCGUGUCCUCCAAUGGCCGCGACCUCGCUCGCCGCUUACUCUGCUACCAGAGUAGUGAGCGACUAUCCGCAGACGAGGCACUCCGACAUCCGUACUUCUCCACCUCUUAA